AUGAAUUCAACUCGUGAAAUUAUAACGUUGCAGUUUGGUCAUUAUUCAAAUUUUAUUGGAGCACAUUUCUGGAAUUUACAGGUUUUUUUUCUUAAUAUAAAUUAUGUACCUUACUAUUUUAUUAAAUUUGAAACUCAUCUAAUUUACAGGAAUCAAGUUUCAGUUAUGAUGAAAAAAAUGUAAAGCCUCUAGAAAUAUGCCAUGAUGUAUUAUAUAGAGAAGGUGUUAAUAUUAAGGUAAACAAUGAGUUUAUUCUAUAUUUUUAAUUUAUUAUGUUUAAUCAUAUAUUAGUCUAAUUAUUAUCUUUUAUUAUUGCUGACAUUACCUAAAACAGGGUGAAGUAACUUAUACGCCUCGUAUGCUAUGUGUUGAUCUUAAGAACAGUUUUUACCAAUUACCAGAUGUACAUAGAGGUUUAUAUGAUCUGGAUAGUAAUAAUAUAGAAGAAGAGAUAUUAGGCUCAUCAAAUAAUGUUCAAAUUAUUAGAGAAGAAACAGUUCCUUCUAAUGAAUUUUUUUCAGACUUAGCUAAACAUGAACAAUGUACUGGUGAGUUUUUAUUUUACAUAAAUAUCAGUUAUUUUUUAAUUUAAUAUUAUGCUAUUGUCCUAAAAGAGAUGGGUAAUUCAAAGUAACUAGAAAGCAUAGGCGGAUAUGCAGAUUAAAGUCAGGCCAUUAGAAAUUGAACCUUUUGCAACCCAUAUCAUGGCUGAUACAUUUUGGCCGGUAGUUAAAAAAAAAAAAAUCCCCACAUUAUGAAAAUAAAUUCCUAGUAGUAUUAUACUGGUGAUUGACGGGUAUAAAUAAAAUUAAUUCUAUGUUAAAAAUGUAUUAAUUAGGUGUAUAAUGUGUGAUUUUAAUAUCUAGUCAUUACAGCACUUUCUGAUAUGAGCAAUUGAUUUUAGAAAGUCUUCAACAUUUAUUUCAUUAUUUUGGAUUUUUGAACAAUACUUUUAUUUGUUGAAAUUGUUUCAUAAUUCUGUGAAUUAUAUUAAUUAUUCUAAUCAACAUGUUCAAUAUUGCAACUAAAAUAGAAUGAAGAAAAAAACACAUUAAAAACUGUUCACAAUUUCAUUAUUUUAAAUUUGUUCAAAUUUUUAUUUACCAAUCGUCUUGCUUUGCAUUUCAAUAGUAGUGACUUUUCUAAAAGAAAAUUUUGUUCUUUCAUACAUGAAAGUUUCUUAAUAAAAAAGAUGAUUACAUUAUUUUGCUUUUUUGUUUUCUUGUGAUAAUUCAGUAGAAAUAAUCAUAGAAUUCUGAAAUUUGUACAGAAUACUAAUAUUAGCUUUCAUUAGGUGUACAAUUUUCAAAAUAUUUUGACAAUUUUUGAACUUAUGUAAAUUUUACAUUUUCAAUUUUUUUAUUUUUUAUUUAUUUUAUGUGAAUAAAAUUGUUUUGGCUGAACAGAAAUGCUUGACAAUAUACAUCAUAAGUUGUAAUUAGUGGUAAAAAAAGUUGAGCGUAAUAUGGCUGCUUGUUUUUAAUAAGUGUUCCAAGUUCAAAUUUUGUUGACAAUUGUAAAAAUCGCAGCAUUUUAAAACAUUUUUACCAGCAAACUUUGCUCAGAAUUUUAUUUCAUUAGCAAUAAUUUAUGUUUGUGUACAGAUCUAAAUUAAAUAAUUAUUUAUUUUAAAAUUUAACAAGUACUAUAUAAUAAUAAUAAUAAUAAUAAUAGUUAAAUAAUAAUUUACAUCUAUAAACAUUGGUUUAUUAAUUUAGUAUAUCCACAUAAAUUAUUACGUGAAGUCAUAUAAUAAAGAAUAAUUAUUGUAUACAUAAUCUCCUUUUACACAAACAUACAUUUUUUUUUGGCUCUGUAUGAAAUAAUCUAUAGUUCAAAAUAAAAAAAAAAAUGUGUAUCAUAUUUUACAUUCGUAAUUAUUUUGCCUUCAUUAGAAAUAAUGUAAUCACAAUUCCUGUCAUUGCUGAUAUAAUUUUUAUAAUAGUAUAUUAAUAAUGUUUUAUUUUAUAUUAAUUUAUUGAAUUUACAAAAGGAUACAAAAUGACUAAUGGUUCACUAUUAUAUAAAUACUUUCUUAGAAUUUAGAAUCAUUAAGAUGACAACAUAUUAUUUUAUUUUAUUAUGUAUAUAACACCGUAGGUAUUUUAAUGACUAUAUAAAAUAACAUUGUAUACUGUAAAGGCCCAAAAAUAUUGUGGGCAACUCUUUACAAAAUAAAAAAAAUGACAUACUUCGCACUAGUGGGCCACUGUUGUAGGUGAAAAAUUGGAAGUUGGGAAAGUUCGAUUGAUAGUGUUGCUUUGUCACCAAUAUAUAUGUCAUAUUAUGAUAUGAUAUUAAAUAUUUUCUUUAAUAAUAUUUGUUUAGUAUUGUACCUAUUAUCCCGUUUUUCCAAUUUAUAAUAAACGACAUCCCUAAAUUACCACCCUUGUCAUAUUUCCUUUUUGAAAAAGUGCUAUUGUAAAUCAGAGCAAAAUUGUUGGUAGAAAAGUUGUUCACAGAUUUAAAAAAUAAACAUCAUUUUAAUAUCAUUACAUUUCUCGCUCCACUCAGAGUCUAAAAUUGUUAUUAUUCUUACUUUUUGGUAUAGAAUUUAUUAUAUUUAAAGAAUAUGUAUCAUAUUUUGAAUAUCUAUGAAGUUUUAGUACUUCUGUAAGAAAUUUUUUUGAAGAUUCUUUCCAUUUAUAUAAUAUAUAAUCUAUUUCAGACAAUGAUGAUGAUAGUAAAUUAAAUAUGACAGAAAAAAUAUACAAUUUGGAUGAUGAUGUUAAAAUUUGGUCAGAUUUUUUAAAAGCUCGUUUUCACCCAAGAACUAUUACAUCAAUCGAUGAGUAUAAACACAAUGAUUCAAACAACGUGUUCAAUAACUUUGCUCAAGGACAUGCUAUAUGGGAUUCAUAUAAAAUUAAAGAAACUUGGACUGAUAAUUUACGAUUUUAUGCAGAAGAAUGUGAUUAUUUACAGGUACCUAUAUGUUGUAUACUAUAUAUUUAUAUAAAUUUAUGUAUACUCAAUGUUGUGGUGAACUGUAAUUUUCAAGGAUAAUUUUGCUUUUAAGUUUUUAAAAGACCUUAAAAUACAAGUAAGUAUGUCAUUAAAACAUUAAUAAUAAAGUUUUUAGUAAUUUAAUAUACUUUGUAAUUCAUCUGUAUAAAAUUUUUAAUAUACUAUCCUUCUGUUUGUUGAAGAUAGACUUGGAGAUGAAUUUAAUAUUUUAAACUAAACAAAUAAAUAUUCUAAUUCAAUGUUUCUCCUCAACCUGGGAGUCGCCACCUCUUUGGAGGUCACCAACAAAUUAUUUAGAGUUGUCAAAAAUAUAAAAUUUUGGUUCGCCAUGUAUAAAACAUAUAUAUUUAAAGAUUGCUAAAAAAUUAAAUACUCCUUUAGAAGGUUGUUAUAGUGAAAAGGUUGAGAAACACUGUUCUGACAUAGCUUACAUAACCAUUAAAGAAGAAGUUUUUAAAAUCAUAUACACUAUUAAUUGGAUUAGUGAUAAGUGUAUUUAUUCAUUUAACAAUUGCUUAAAUACCUGUUUAUUAUGCACUACAAAAUAUCAUAAUGUAAUAUUUUAUUAUACUUUUGCAAAUUUAAAUUAAUAAAUAUUCUAACAUCUUUUACUUUAAAUUAAAGUCAUCAAUUUUAUUUUUUAAUAAAUAUGUUUUUGUGUAUGUGUAUAUGUAUUUGUGUAUAUGACCAUGAUCAACUGUAAUGAAUUUAAUCAAAAUAUAUAUUUUCAAAUUAAAAAGUAUUCAAAUGAUUAUAGGUUAGGUAAAAAGAAAAAUGUACAAAUACAUUUUCUUAGCCCAAACGGGGUUCUUAUACCAAUACAUCUUGGUUUAUACACUUGAUAACAAUUGUUUUAUACUAGUCAUAGAUAUUCGGUGAUGGAAAUCGGUGUAUCCCCACCAUUUUCCAAAAUUAAUAUUGAUAAUAUUAUCAAUUAAAUAUUAAUUAAUUAUUUAAAUUAUUAUUCUUCCUAUUAACUAUUUCAUUUAAAAUAUAACUUUAAAGAGUUAAUUUUGAACAAAAAUCAAAGUAGUGCCUGCAUUAUAAGUGUGUACUUACCAUAUGAGUUAAUGAAUCUAUGUUUAACGUCUAUCAAUUUAAUAUGUAUUUUAAUGAAUUGAAUAUAGAGAGUACCAUUGAUUAUGUAUACUGUGCACUAUACAAUAUAAUUAAUGGUAGUACCAAUAAUACAUUGAAUUUACGAUAUUAAAGACAGUUAGUCCCCCUACCAGUAAAAAUUAAUUUUUAUUAGACAUUUAUAAAAAAAAUUGCUGAGUUGGAAAUUUUACUUUCAUUGGAAAAUAAAUAAAAUCAUUUUAACAUUAGCAAGUAAUGCCUUGUUGUAUAAGGCCAAUAAAAAAAAAAAUGUAUCAUUAGCUAAAACUUGGUCAAAUUCUUGUGUGUACACCCCCCAUCAAUAAUUACUAGCGCCGGCCCUGGGCACAUAAUACAGAGCCUAUAUAUAGGUACAGGUAUUCAUAGCAAUGGCAGAUUUUCAAAUUUUUCUGGGAGGAAUUCUGAAAAAUAAUAUGCAUUUCAAAGGUAUCUGUUAACAGAUCAAUUAUGGUGUUUAUUAAUAGAUGCCUCUAUUUAAAAAUUUUAUUGAAAUUAUAUCAGUAUCUGGGGAAGCCCAGAGCUCCUGGACCCCCUAUAAAUCUGCCAAUGAUUUACAGUAUUAUUCAUAUUAAUAUAACACCUUAUAAUUCCUACAUAUUUUAUGUUAAUAUUUUAGGGAUUUCAAAUUUUGAUGGAUUCAUUGGAUGGUUUUAGCGGUUUAGCUUCUAAAUCUCUAGAAUACUUACAAGAUGAAUAUUCUAACAAAAACAUUAUAGCUCUGCCUGUAAUGUCUGAUAAUUCUAUUAAUGAUGAUGAAAAUUCCAAGUUACAACCAGUUAACACCGCAUUAUUAUUUUCUUCGCUUUUUGAGCAUUCAAAUAUGUUUGUACCAUUAAGUACAUCGUCUGGUGGUUGGGUAAAAAGCCAAAGUCAUAUCAGUUUGGAUCAUUUAUCUUACAAAGUAUAUUUUAUUACAAUUAAUACAAAAGUGUUUGAAUUGGGAAUCAAAUAAAUAUUUAAAAAAAAGAACAAAAAUAUGAAUAGAGAAUGCAUUAAUGCACACCAAAAAUUCACUGUACAAUUUAGUUUAUAAAUAAAGGACUUUCUUAUCCUAAUAUUAUACUGGUCAAUUCAAGCACAGUCAAUAUUUUUUUUAAUAAUUGUAAUAUUUUUUGAAAUGUACUUUUCAGAACCAUUUAGACUAUCAUUCUAGUGCUAUUUUAGCCUCAGCCAUUGAUACAUUUUCAUUAGGUUAUAGAAGUCGCAUGGACUGUAGCAGUAUAAACAGAUUGUGCACAAGAUUAACUCCAUUGGGGCGAAAAGCUGUAUCAGCUUCAAUAAAACUACCUCUUGGAUUUGAAACAAAAUCAAAUUUACUUGAUUAUUUACAAAAUGCAAAGUUACCAAUAUGGCAGCCUAUUUCUCCACAAUGUACCACAGAUAUGUCUGUGGCUCAAACAAUAAAUUUACGAGGCAUAACUCAAAACAUGCUAUAUUCUAAGUUAAUAGUUUUUUUUUUUUAUAUUGAACAGUUUAAUUUGACUAUUUAUAUUAUAUUUGUUCACAAUACUUGUAAACAAAUUGGUAUUAAAAAUAUUAUUUUAAACUUUUAGUAUUCUUAUAAGAGAUUCAAAAAAUCCUUCUCAUCAUUGUACAUCAGCCAGUGCUAUGUUGAAAUUAUUUUUGUCUUUUUGUGAUCCCACACGAAUGACAGAAGUCAAUGCAUUUGAUUCAACAUUAGAAACUAUAGCUCCAUAUCCUAAUAUAUUUUCUCAAUUUAUUAACCAGCAUGGAUUUGUGGAAACAUUUUCCAGACCAUCUACUUCUGGUAAUUAUUUUUAAUAUUUAAUUAAACUGUUAGAUUAAUAUUUUUUAUUUUGAAUUAUAGUAGUCAUGAAAAGUACAGCUAUAAGUGGUUUACAUAACAGUAAUUCAAUGAGAGAUAUGUUGGUAUCAUUAAAGACUGAUUCUAGUAAAGUUAAAGGUUCAAAAUUAAGUCAUAUGUUUAACUAUGAAAUUGAUGUAGUGGAUUAUAAAGAAACUCUUGAAAAUCUUUUUGUGUUAAGUGAUAACUAUUUAAUAAGUGACUGUUUGUAA